UCGAAAUUGGAAUGAAUUUUGUGACAUUCUUAUUUGGAGCAUCCGUAACGUACUUUCUAUUCGAGUACUUUUCGCUGUGCUAUUUGGUUGAUUCGUUUCAGGACGAAGUGGACUCCAUCGGACAACAUAUCUUUGAGAGUUGUGCUCGGAUACCGUUUCGCUCGGAACGUCGCUCCGAGUAUGUACAAUUGCGGACCACCUUGAUGAUCAUGUGGAUCAACACUCGCAACGGGAUUCAUAUGGAUUGCGUUGGGUUGUUCGAAAUAAACACACCAAAAUUUCUCGCUCUGCUUAACAUUGCCUACUCGGUGCUGACAUUUCUGACUCAGAUGGGUUGA